AUGCCCUUGUUCAACGGAAGCCCUAAACGCCAGCUGGCAGGGUUCAUGGUGGCCACCAUCGGAUGGAUCCUCGGCACCAUGUCCAUGGGCCUGGCGGAGUGGCGAGUGUGGUAUGUCAACAACACCUCGCUCUUACCCUCCGGCCUAGCCUGCGUGGGAGUGUGGAGAGCCUGCAGCUUCCAUCAUCUCAACGGCGUCAACAGAGCCAGCGGGUGUCACCAUUACAACCACCACGAUACUUACAUCCCACUUGAUAUCCGUGUUGCCCAAAACUUCCUGCUAGUCGCCAGCAUUCUAGGGCUUUUCAGCAAAGCUGCUAUCGUCUUUGCGCUUAGGAAUGUGUACCUGAGAAGAGGGCAGAAGAACACCUGUAAUCCAUUUGCUGUUGUAGGAAUGCUGAACAUAGCUACUG